GCAUCGUGACCUGCGACUCUGUCACUUACGAUGGCAGCAACCUACCAGCCUACUUUUUUAAAGAGCUUCCAAAGAAAGUCAUGAAAGGUGUUGCAGAUGCUGGACCAGUGUAUCAGUGUUUGGGCCUUAAUGAGAAAGUCAAGAUGGAAGAGCUCGUUCUUCACAUAGGCCUGAGACUCUGAGGGCGAGGAUUCUUCAGCGGCUGUGCAAACAGAACCGAGUCCUGUGAUUUCAUAUGUUUGGUAUGGCAUGUCUCAUCUGCAACAGAUCUGAGGGUUACCCUUUGCUAGGACGUGUUAGGGAGAUCGACUACUUCACGUCCGCUAUGGAGGACUUUCUGAUAAGGAGCUGCAGCCGAGUCCUCAUGUUUGAAGGAUUACCAGGGUAUGGAAAAAGCCAGAUACUUAUGAAAAUCAAGUGCCUGGCCUCCGAGCCUGAGAACCACAGGGCUAUUGCUAUUGCACUGACUAAGAUCAGCUUCCAUCAAAAUUUUUAUACCAUCCAGAUAUUCAUGGCUAAUGUACUAGGUCUAGAUACUUGUAAACAUUACAAAGAACGACAGACCAGUCUUCAAAAUAAAGUCAAGAUGCUGUUGGAUGACAAAUUCCACUGUCUUCUUAAUGACAUCUUCCAUGUCCAGUUCCCCGUUUCCCGGGAGAUGUCCAAGAUGAGCCCAUUAAGAAAACAAAAGCAACUGGAAGCACUGUUUAUGAAGAUCCUGGAGAAAACAGUGAGAGAAGAAAGGAUUAUUUUCAUCAUUGAUGAGGCCCAGUUUGUGGAUGGAACCUCCUGGGCCUUCAUAGAAAAGCUCAUCCGAUCUGUACCCAUCUUCAUCAUCAUGUCCCUGUCUCCCUUCCCAGACAUUCCCUGUGCGGCUGCCAGUGCCAUCAUGAAGAACCGGAACACCACCUAUAUCACACUUGGUACCAUGCAGCCUCAGGAAAUACGUGACAAGGUCUGUGUCGACCUUAGUGUAAGCAGCAUACCCCGAGAGCUCGACUUGUACCUGGUGGAGGGGAGCUGUGGGAUUCCAUUUUACUGUGAGGAACUGCUGAAAAACCUCGACCACCACAAAGUCCUCCUUUUUCAACAAGCAGAGACCGAGGAAAAGACAAACGUGACCUGGAGUAACCUGUUCAAGAAUUCCGUUAGGCCAACAGAAGACAUGGAGCCUUAUACCAACAUCUCCGAGGGGCGUAAGGAAGUCUGCUACCUUGUAAGUGGUGUCAGACUGAAGAACCUGUCACCUCCAGCAUCACUAAAAGAAAUCUCUCUGGUCCAGCUGGACAGCAUGAGCCUUUCCCAUCAGAUGCUGGUACGAUGUGCCGCCAUCAUUGGCCUAACCUUCACCACGGAGCUGUUGUUUGAGAUUCUCCCCUGCUGGAACAUGAAAACCAUGAUCAAGGCCCUGGCCACUCUAGUGAAGUCCAAUGUUUUUGAUUGCUUCCGGAGCAGCAAAGAUCUUCAACUAGCCCUGAAACAGAAUGUGACCACGUUUGAGGUGCAUUAUCGCUCUAUGUCCCUCAAGUCCAAUGAGGGGUUAGCCCUUAGCGAAGAGGAGCUCCGUGAAAUGGAAGGGGAGGUGAUUGAGUGCCACAUGCUUCGGUUCUGCAGACCUAUAAUGCAGAAAACAGCCUACGAACUGUGGCUCAAGGACCAGAAGAAAGUCCUGCAUUUGAAAUGUGCCCGCUUUUUGGAGGAAAGUGCCCACCGCUGCAACCACUGCGGGAACGGGGACUUCAUCCCUUACCACCAUUUUAUAGUGGACAUUCGACUCAACACUUUGGAUAUAAGAACUGUCAAGAACAUGGCCAAGUCUCAAGGAUACAAAGCUGAAGAGGAAGUCAGCUUUUCUAAAUCAGAGCUCCCUAAGAAAUACAAAUUCCCCGAGAAUCGCAGUGAUGCAGAAACAAGGAAUAUAAUAUUGCAUUUCUUUGACAAUGUUAUUGCAAAGAUGGAGUCAUCUCAGGAUGACAUCAUCCCUCUGGAGUCAUGCCAGUGUGAGGAGCUGCUCCAGAUUGUCAUCUUGCCACUGGCCCAGCAUUUGGUAGCCUUGGAAGAAAACAACAAAGCCCUAUACUACUUCCUAGAAGUUGCAUCUGCUUAUCUCAUCCUGGGAGACAACUAUAAGGCAUACAUGUAUUUGGACGAGGGAGAAAGGCUGCUGAAGACCCUGACGAAUGAACACUCUUGGAGUCAGACCUUUGAACACGCUACAUUUUAUAGUCUCAAAGGUCAGGUCUGUUUUAAUAUGGGGCAGAUGGUACUCGCCAAGAAAAUGCUAAAAAAGGCGCUCAAGUUUCUCAACCGAAUGUUUCCCUCCAAUGUAAUCACCCUGAUCUUCCAAAUGCAUGUUGAAAAGAACAGACUCUCCCACUUGAUGGCCCUGCAUCCCCAGGAGGGCUCGCUACCAGGGAAGAAACUGGCACAACUCCACCUGCAAGCUUCCUGCUUCUCCUUGCUGUGGAAGAUCUACAGCUUGAACCUCUUUUUCCACUACAAGUAUUACGGCCAGCUGGCAGCCAUGAUGCAAAUGAACGCCUCGCUGGAAACUCAAAAUAAUUUCCAGAUCAUCAAGGCUUUUCUGGACUAUUCACUGUACCACCAUUUGACUGGAUACCAGGGUGUAUGGUUCAAAUAUGAAACCCUGGUCAUGGAGCAGCUCUUGAACCUCCCCGUGAAAGGCGAGGCCAUCAAAAUCAUGGCUUAUGCGGCUGAUACACUGGGCCAUAUCAAGUUAUUAAUGGGUCAUCUGGACUUGGCCAUUGAGUUAGGUUCCCGAGCCUAUAAGAUGUGGUCUCUUCUCCAGAAUCCCAACAAAUACCAUAUGGUUCUCUGCAGACUGAGUAAAUCUCUCUUCUUGAAAAGCAGAUACAAGCAUUUGGUCCAGGUUCUAGAAUUGUUGUGGGACUUUUCUGUAACAGAAGAGCACAUUUUCAGCAAGGCAUUUUUCUAUUUUGUCUGUUUGGACAUCAUGCUUUAUUCUGGCUUCAUUUAUAGAACGUUUGAAGAAUGUUUGGAAUUCGUACACAACAAUGAAGACAACAGAAUCCUCAAGUUCCAGAGUGGACUGCUCCUGGGACUUUAUUCCUGCAUAGCUGUCUGGUAUGCCAGACUUCAGCAAUGGCACGACUUCCACAGAUUUUCCAAUAAAGCUAAAACUUUCGUGGCGCGAAGAACCCCAACAUUUCUUUACUAUGAAGGGAUCUCGAGGUACAUGGAAGGGCAAGUUCUCCACCUCCAGAAGCAAAUAGAAGAAAGGAAGGCACAGAACAGUGGGGUCAAGCUCCUCAAGGCCUUGGAGAGCCUUGUGGCUGAAGACACCAUUGGCCCUGUCUUCUACCCAAGGCUCUACCAUCUGAUGGCUUAUGUCUACAUACUGAUGGGAGAUGCGCAUAGUUGUGACUUCUUCCUGAACACGGCUUUGGAGCUUUCUGAGACACAAGGGAAUUUGCUGGAGAAAUGUUGGCUAAGCAUGAGCAAGGAAUGGUGGUACUCAGCCUCGGAGUUCAUGUUCAUGGGAGAUCAUUGGCUUCAGACCGUCUUGAGUCUUCCAACAUGGGAUCAAAUCGCAUCAGGCAAUGUAGCCCUUCAGGAUGUUCAAAGGAACAAAUUCCUGAUGAGAGUUAAUAUCCUGGACAAUCCUUUUUAAUAUUUCAUGAACGAGAAUAAGAUUGCAGUAAGAACCUUUUUUUUUCUUUUUUUCUUUUUUGCCAUGAUCCAUUAUUGUCCUUCCUCCAUAGCCAGCCCCACCAGGUUCAGAUCUGGAACCUUCCUAGUCGGUCAGCACCGGUCAGCACCUGCCUUGCUGUAUUGAACUUCGCACAGCUGCCGGAUAUAAAGGCAAGGCUGUGUAUCUUUUCUCAGGCUGUUUGCUUAACCUGUGGUGCUCAGCCCAUGCAAAAUCCAAUCAUAUCGAUCAGUAUCAGGGGCCGGAGGGGUUCUGGUGUCCCUGAAGGAAGGGUUGACAGAGACUUGCAGUCCCAACAGAAGCAAAGCUCAGUAAGGGGUAGCGCACUUCCACACACAGGAGGAACUGGGCUGGAGCAAGAAAAAGUCUGGUAGCUCCAAGGGCAGCUGUACACAAAGGGUCCGCGCUUUCCCACAUAUCUUGCCGAUACGCAGUUCUCCAGACAGCUUCGUAUGUUGUACCUUUCAUUAGCAUCUUAACUCUACCCAGGGGGCUGUUUUAGUAGAAUAAUAAGUACUGUUCAUGUUCAGAAACUGGCUGUGGCUGUGGCGGCAGGCGAGCUGGUUUUCGCUGGCCUCACUUCGGAGGUGUUUCCAGCCUUCAGAAGGCUCUAGGAGCCUUCCAGCCCUUGGUCUGUUCCAUUCUCCUGCCUCGGUAUGAGAAAUGCUAGUAUCAAGGUAAAGUGAGGUCUUGUGUUACGCGCCACCUCGGGCAUGCCGUGCCAGGGGUCAGAAGAAAUGUGGAGUUGGUUCUGACCCUCACCUGUAUGUGGUUCCAGAGAUCAGCCUCAGUUUGCCCAGUGUCUUGGAAGUAGCGCAAUACUGCAGAGGCCAAAUCCCUGUUACCUCCGGAACCAGCCAAAUUAGAAAGGAUACAGUUUGCAGAGGCCGAGUGCAUCUUCCAGAGCCAUGGGGAUGGCCCCAGUGGCACCUCGCGUCUGCAGAAAUAAAUGCUUUAAGUAGAAACAGUAA